AUGUCGCUCUCAAGCAGCGAUAAGAUGCCCACAAGCCUUCACAUCGAGGGUGGUCACACCGACGCUUCGACUCCAGGCCACCACGACAUUGUCCUUGCAGGCAAGAGCCUUGGUACCACUCGUCUGGAACUUGCCAACGGUGACCGUAUCCUCAUCCCUACUCCCUCCAACGACCCCAAUGACCCCCUUAACUGGACUCAGAGGCACAAGUACUUUAUGGCUGCUAUCGCUUGUGCGGCCGCGUUGCUGUCCAACGCUCUCGCGGCAGGUCCCACAGUCGCCAUGGUGAAGAUUGCCAAGGACUUUACCGACCCCAUGGACAUCCAGAAGACCUCGUACUUCUUUUCGGUCACCUCUCUCUUCCAGGGUAUCUCCAUGUUUGUUUGGGUUCCUCUCAUCAACAAGUUUGGUCGACGUCCUCUCUACAUCAUUGCCACCACCUUGUACCUCAUCACUGCCAUCUGGUGUGCCGUCGCCAAGGAGUACAACGUCGAGCUCGUUGGCCGUUUCUUCAUCGGCUUCAUGGCCGGCGGCGCCGAAUGUCUCGCGCCCCUCACCAUUGCCGACGUCUUCUUCCUCCACGAGCGUGGAAGGAUGAUGGCCGCGUACACUGUCUUCCUCUCCAUGGGUGUCGCCAUUGGUAUCAUUGUCGACGGUAUCAUCGACAUUGGCCUCCACUGGCGGUGGAUGUACUGGAUCUGGAUCAUCCUUAUCGGCGUCCUCCUCGCCGCCUGCGUCUUCGGCUACGAAGAGACGGCCUACAACCGCACGUCGAUCGACGAGGCCCACGUCAUCGACGACCACUCGCACCACGCCUUCCACCAUCACGAGGACAAGCACGAGAAGCACGCCCUCCCCUUCGUUCCCACCCAAGCUCCCCCCGCUCCCGCCCGCAAGACCUACGCCCAGCGCAUGACGUUCUACACGGGCAUCAAGACUGAUGAGUCGCUCUGGAAGAUGUUUUACCGUCCCUUUGGCAUGAUUUUCCUUCCUGCUGUCUUCUUCGCCGCCUGGGUGUUCUCCGUCACCAUCGGUUUCCUCGUGGCGAUCACUUCCAACUUUGACGCGGCCCUCUCCGCUCCUCCUUACAACUUUGUGUCGUGGAAGGCCGGUCUCUGCUUCUUCGGUGGUGUCCUCGGCUCGCUUAUCGGUAUCCCCAUGGGUGGUCAAUUCAGUGACUGGGUCUGUGCCCGUGCUGCCCGCAAGAACGGUGGUGUGUUCCAGCCCGAGAUGCGUCUCCCGGCCAUGGCCCCCUGUGUCAUCACCGGCCCCCUCGCUCUGGUCCUGUACGGCGUCGGUAUCCAGCACGGCCUGCACUGGAUGGUCCCCACGCUCGGAUUCUUUUUCCUCUCGCUCACCAUCUGUUGGGCCACCAACGUCGCCAUGACCUACGCCAUCGACGUGUACAAGCCCGUCACGGGUGAAGUCCUCGUCGCCAUCCUCGCGUUCAAGGCCAUCUUUGGCUACGCACUGGCGUGGGGUACCAACGACUGGAUCGCCAGCCAGGGCUACCAGAACGCAUUCGGCCAGAUGGCCGCCAUUUGCGCGGCGUUCCUCCUCCUCUGGAUCCCCCUGUAUUACUACGGCGAGCGCCUUCGCCACCAGUCAUACGAGUGGCGUCUCAUGAAGGCUCUUCUCUGGAGCGCCGACCGUGAUGACCAAAUGCUCGUCAUGGACUGA